AUGCCUUCAGCAGACACACAGCCCAGAACCCUGUACGACAAGGUCUUCCAAGACCAUAUUGUCAAUCAACAGCCAGAUGGCACUGUUCUCCUCUAUAUCGAUCGACAUCUCGUGCACGAGGUGACUUCUCCCCAAGCCUUCGAAGGCCUCAAGAAUGCGAACCGAAAAGUGCGCCGACCGGAUUGCACCCUCGCCACUACCGACCACAACGUGCCCACCACACCCCGCAAAAACUUCAAGAAUGUCGCCGACUUCGUUAAGGAGGAAGACUCGCGAUUACAGUGCAUGACCCUCGAGGAUAACGUCAAAGAGUUCGGACUCACCUAUUUCGGCCUGGGAAACCAGAACCAGGGGAUUGUACACAUCAUUGGGCCCGAACAAGGCUUCACUCUGCCCGGCACUACUGUGGUCUGUGGUGACAGCCAUACUUCUACCCAUGGAGCCUUUGGCGCCCUCGCCUUCGGUAUAGGCACAAGUGAGGUUGAACAUGUGUUGGCCACGCAAUGCUUAAUCACCAAGAAGAGCAAGAACAUGCGGGUGCAGGUGGAAGGCAAGCUGGCUCCGGGGGUCACCAGCAAAGAUAUCAUCCUACAUGUAAUUGGCGUCAUCGGAACCGCUGGCGGAACCGGUGCAGUCAUCGAGUUCUGCGGCUCAGCUAUCCGUGAGCUGAGCAUGGAGGCUCGUAUGUCAAUAUGCAACAUGUCCAUUGAGGGCGGUGCCAGAGCCGGCAUGAUCGCUCCUGAUCAAAUCACUUACGACUACCUCAAAGGCCGACCGUUAGCGCCCAAAGUCGACAGCAACGAGUGGAAGAGGGCGAUCAACUACUGGAACAGCCUCAAAUCCGACGACGGGGCCAAGUACGACAUUGAUGUUUUCAUCGAUGCAAAGGAUAUCACGCCUACGGUGUCGUGGGGAACGUCGCCUCAAGAUGUUGUACCCAUCACCGGUGUCGUCCCAAGUCCAGAUGAUUUCGAAGACCCAAACAAGAAAGCCAGCUGCGAGCGUGCUCUUGAGUACAUGGGCUUGACUCCUGGAACGAAAAUGGAAGAUAUUCCCGUCGACAAAAUCUUCAUCGGGUCUUGUACGAAUGCCAGAAUCGAGGAUCUCCGAGCCGCGGCCAAGAUCGUGCAGGGUAAGAAAAUCGCUCCCAACAUCAAGCGGGCCAUGGUCGUGCCUGGUUCGGGAAACGUCAAAGCCCAGGCCGAGCGGGAAGGUCUCGACCAGAUCUUCGUCGACGCAGGCUUCGAAUGGCGCGAGGCUGGUUGCUCCAUGUGCUUGGGUAUGAACCCAGACAUUCUAUCUCCCCGGGAGCGCUGUGCGAGUACAUCAAACCGAAACUUCGAGGGCCGACAAGGUGCGCUGGGUCGCACGCAUCUCAUGUCCCCAGCCAUGGCCGCGGCCGCCGCCAUUGUUGGCAAGCUGGCCGAUGUGCGGAAGGUCACUGGCACCGAUAACGUCGCUCCAGCCAAGGGAUCGCCCAAACUUGACGUGGCGCCAGAAUUUGCCGACGUCGAUUCCGAGGAGGAGCUCGACCGCAUCCUCGAUAUCCCCGCCGAUGUUGGGCCGCAUGUGAACCACACCUCUGCCACGGGAGCCGGCACUUCGGCCGGCCUGCCCAAAUUCACCGUGCUCAAGGGCAUUGCAGCACCCCUGGAGAAGGCCAACGUGGACACGGACGCCAUCAUUCCCAAGCAGUUUCUCAAGACCAUCAAGCGCACUGGGCUCGGCUCGGCUCUGUUCCAUCCCCUGCGGUUCAACGAGGACGGCAGCGAGAACCCCUCGUUCAUUCUCAACCAGGAGCCGUAUCGCCGGUCGAAGAUCUUGGUCGUCACCGGCCCCAACUUCGGCUGCGGCAGUUCGCGUGAGCACGCCCCCUGGGCGCUGCUGGACUUUGGCAUCAAAUGCAUCCUGGCUCCCAGCUACGCCGACAUCUUCUUCAACAACACCUUCAAGAACGGCAUGCUGCCCAUCGCCAUGCCGGACCAGGCCGCGCUCGAGCGCAUCGCAGACGAAGCCCGCGCCGGCCGCGAGAUCGAGGUGGACCUGCCGAACCAGGUCGUUCGUGACGCGGACGGCAAGGAACUGGCCAGGUUCGACGUCGAGGAGUUCCGCAAGCAUUGUCUGGUCGAGGGCCUGGACGACAUCGGCCUGACCAUGCAGAUGGAAGACAAGAUUGCCCGCUUCGAGCAGAAGCGUACCCUCGACACCCCUUGGCUGGAUGGCAGCGGCUAUCUCAAGAAAUGGCGCAAGGGCCCCGUCAAGAUCGAAGCCGCCCCAGUUCCGAAGACGAAUCGCGGCGAGGUCAAGACUGACCCGGUGGAAUGGUGA